AUGUUUUUCUUUUGGAAUACCAGUUGGCCCUUAGGCUACGGCGUUAUAAAGCACCGGGACCAGCCGCGUUGUGUUGGGGCAGAAAUAAUAUCCAAGAAGGUCCUGGGGCUGUGUCGACGUGCUAUCCGCAGUAUCACCCGCAUCAGGUUGCGGCAGAGUGGUGAUGUAGAGGAAAAUCCCGGCCCUUCACUGCGAGGAAUGCAGUGGAACUCAUCUGGACUUACCCAGGCCAAGAGGCUUGUUCUCCACAAAACCCUUCUUGAGGAGAAUGUGACAUUCUGCCUUCUAAGCGAGACGAAACUAUCUUGUGCGGAAGUGUCGAGUUUCACAAUUGCUGGUUACCAACAUCAUGGAGCACCCCACCCCUCUAAAGGAGGCGGCGUUUUGAUUCUUGUGCGUGAAGAUCUGCCAGUAGAAGUAGGACUCACCGUAGUUGCAAGCGUUGGGCAUGCCCAUUGCAACGAUCCACAUAUCAGAAGGUCUGGCGCUCACAGUAACGUCAGGAUACUCUUUCCUCCGGAGAGAUACCAUACACAACAUCGCAACUUGACAAGCUUUUGA